AAAUUAAUAAAAUAUAUAGCAAAUAUACAACAUAUAGAUCCAGUUUUAAUUGAAAUCUGAAGGAGUUACGUGCGACUUGUAAAUCACUUUAUUAAUUAUGAUCCGAUUUAAGAAUAGCCACCGUGAUGAAGCUAAAUCUGCAUCUUUUCACCUUUCCCAAGGUUCAGGUGAUAGCGUUUUAACUGAUAAUAGUAGCAACGUUUCCGACAUAGUGGAGCGUCGGCUAGAGAAGGUUCAUCGACAACAGAAGUCAAGGAGUUUGGAUAACAGGAGGACUGUGGAAAUGCCGGCUGCUACACCAACAACUAGCAAACCAGGUGGCAAUUUGAAACCAUUUCUCCCAGCAGCCCUCGUCACAAACUUGACCAAGAACUCCCUGGAAAUACUAGAAUGUACUCUAACGAUGAGACAAAGUGCCACACAUGUGACCAGAUUAAACACACGACUCAUCGAGUCGAUGGCCGGCGGAGAAAUGGCGUUUAUGAACAGGAUGAUGGCAAUGGGAGCCAGCCCCAACGCAACUUGCCGACUGAACCACGUGUCUGUGUGCCACCUCGCAGCCAUGCAAAAUACGGACGUCUUGGAGUUACUUAUCAAACAUGGAGUUGAUGUGUAUAGAGCCGAUAAGGAAGGCAGAACACCUCUGCACUUUGCUGCUUGGGCGGGAAACGUCAAACAGAUUGCUUUAUUACUAAGUUUCCCUGAAGGUCUAAGGAAACGCAUUGUAGAAACCGUUCCUUUAUCAUCGCAAAUAGCUGGUGAAAUAAAGUACCAUAGUACACCAGUGCAUGCGCUCACGAACAUAACGUGCAAACCUAACGUCGACGCCAAACUUCAAGUAAACUGGAGCGAUGGAAUGGAACACAACUGCAGGAAUAUCAAAGACAUGUUACCACCAUUCCAGAACGAACAGAAUAAACAUGGAUGGUGCUAUGGGUGGACAGCGUUACACGCUGCUUGUGCUCGCGCUCAGCACCAUUGCGUGGAACUUCUGAUUGCUGCGGGCGCCGACGUAAACGCUCAAGACCAGCUUUACAGGACUCCACUUGAUGUUGUUGGUUAUGCUCACUAUAUGGGGUACAAAAUUGAAGAAAAGGACUUUAAAGCAACGAUAAACCUGCUUCUGACUUCUGGGAAAAAAAUUGUAAAAUGUAGAUGCAGUCCUAGUUUGAACUCUAUUGACACUCCAUUGCACACGGCAGUGGAGAUUGAAAGUGAGGCUUCUGUUGAGCAAUUGCUUUUGAGUGGAGCGUCUGCCACCGGUUGGAACAGUGAAGGCGAGACCGCCAUGCAUAUCUGCGUUAAGAAACGAAACAAGGAACUGCUACAGUUGCUGGCAGAUUUUAAAUACAGUAAUGAAGAUCCGUAUUUGGCCACAAUAGAUGUGAAGAAUAAAGGAGGUUUCACUGUACUCUGCGCGGCCAUCAAAGAAGGCUGGACACAAGGCGUGUGUAUCGCUCUCGGAGCAAAAGCAAGCAUCACCAUGAAGGCAAAUGGUGAAUCUCCGAUUCAUAUAGCAGCGCAAAUGGAUAACAUUGAUAUUCUACGACAGAUAGUAACUAUUGCAAAAUUAACUAACACUCUUGACUUCCGUAAUGAAAAAGGAGAAACAGCUCUUUUUAAAGCGAUCACUCAUAACCAAUUAGACAAUCUCAAAUUACUUCUUUCCUCUGGUUCUAACAUAGAACUCAAAUCUGCUAUGAAAACGAAUAUUUUCCACAUAGCCGCUAAACAUGGCAAUGAUAAUAUAUUGGAAUAUUUACUUGAGUACAAUCCUCAUGUUACAGUGAGAUUGGUUAACAAGUUUGAUAAUCUGGGUCCUCCAUUGUUUUAUGCAGUCAGAUAUAAUCACCCUGUAUGCGCAGCACUACUAAUUUCCAAAGGCGCACAAGUAGGUAUUUAUGUGCAAUGCAAUGAGUGUGUUGGUAAAGACAUUCUUGAGUGGACUUCCCUUCUGCAUAUAGCAGCCAGCAAAAAUUAUUGCGAAAUAGCAGAUAUAAUUAUACAACAUGAUAGUAACACUGUCCAUUGCCCUGAUUCUGCCGGAAGAACCCCGUUACACGAGGCUUGCACUAAUGGAAACAGAGAGAUGAUCGUAUUACUUCUUCGUAAGGGAGCUGUUCUCUCAGAAGUCGGUAAACAUUCGAAAUCAAAACUAGCUCCUAUUGAUAUAUUAAUAAAUAACUUGUCGAAACCAACUGAAUUUAUAGAAGAAAUUUUGGACUCUUACAUAUCAAGCCAAGGAAGGAGUCUCCAAGAAUCGAAUUGUGAAGUUGUAGUCGACUACAGCGUGUUAAUUCCAAGAGAAUCUGACAUGAAACAAAUGAGAGUUAUAAAUGCCUUGAUAAAUACUGGAAAUAGAUACGACCAGCAUAGACUACUGCUCCAUCCUUUGGUGCAAACAUUUCUUUUUCUAAAAUGGCAAUCUUUACUACCAUUCUUUUACAGUAUCUUGAUAUUACACGCGUGCUUUGUGUUAUCUCUCAAUAUUUAUGCUCUUUCUAUUUUUUAUUACAAAGAUCAAAAAGAAGAUGUUCCAAUAUUUUUCCGCAGUAAUGUUUGGAUACAUUUCAUUUAUUUGACCAUAUGCAUGAUUGUUAUUCAAGAAAUAAUAUUUGUCAAAAUGAAAAGCAAGAGAUACCUUCUUUGUUGGGAAACAUGGCUGAAAAUUGGAUAUAUAACGCUGGCGGUUUACUUACCUCGCAUUGUAUCAUGGGAGACCAAUGAUAGUACAGGUCCACGUCUGGUGGCCACGUUGGCAUUACUGUUUUCCUGGUUCGAAAUGAUGUUCUUACUCUCUAGAUUCCCUGACUGGGGCUACUAUUUUUUCAUGUUUGGUAAAGUUGCGAGUAAAGUCUUGAAGAUUCUGCUAUCAUUCGUCUUCCUAGUAUUCGGAUUCUCAGUGAGCUUCAUGAUACAUUUCCAUGCGAAGCCUCCGUUCGAAGGACCCUGGAGCGCUUUUGUAGCAACAUUGGUCAUGAUGACAUCAGAAUUUAACUAUAAUGAAUCCUUCGAUAAAAAAUUGUCAGAACUUUCAGAACCAGUGUUCAUGCCACGUAUAAUCUUUAUUACGUUUCUGAUUCUAGUUUCAAUAGUUCUCAUGAAUUUGAUAGUAGGCGUGGCUGUUAAUGACGUCAAUAAUUUAGAAAUUAUUGGUAGUAUUAAACGGUUGGAGAAGCAAGUGGAAUUUAUAUCAUCGCUUGAAGAUAUCGUUUGUAAUAAAUUUCUCGAAAGUAUACUACCGAAACGCCUGUACAGUAAAUUUAAAAACAACAUAAAGUUGGAGAGCGUUAUCGUUUUGCGACCACGUAAGGCUAUGUGCUACAAUCGUAACCGUUUUCCCACUCGACUGAGAGAAGCCACUUUUGAACGGGUUCAGUUACAGAAGAAGCAGUCUGACGAAUAUCAAGGUUCAAUGGUGUUUCAAAUGAAACUGGAUGAAAUGUCAUCCACUAUCAAAGGUAUUGCAGACAAACAAUGCAAUGCUAACGACACGAGUUCGACACUGAACCAGAUAUUUAACGAAUUACACGAUUUGAGAAGCGAUAUGGAUAAGAUCAAACAAUACAUUGAAAUUACAAAACGACGAUCUCUUUGUAGUAACAAGUCUACACCAUUACUUGCUGUGCCUAAGCAACAAUAAAAAUAAAAUACUAUACAAGCAAG